CCUUCCUCCCGUCCUCACUUCUCAUAUGCCGCUGGUAACAAAGGCGAGACAACAACAGAGGGGUGAUGGGUGCUCUCUCAGAAAGCCUGUCAACAAUGAACUGAACCGGUUUUGUUUUUACUGGAUAUUUGUUCUCCGCAGCCUGCCUGACUGCCUAUUUACUUCUUCCUGGACGCGAGCUCAGUUUAAAGUACACUGAUGUAGCUGAGCUGCGGAGCAGUUUUACUCCAAAGCUUUCUGUUUACCCACCAAACCCGAGCAGAGUAUGUUGGAUUGCGGGCACUAGAGCCGAAUGACUGAGGAAAAACAUACGGACAUGGAUUCAUUAACUCUGGCGACACUGACAAGGUCAUGUUAACAUUCACCAAAGCCUGAUUGGAAGCAUACCAUAAGAGAGCCCCCCCCCCCGUCCUGCCACCAUGUCCGUCCAAGAACCGCCGAUGUCCACUUUACCCAUCAAACCUGAGGCCAAGCCAAAACCGGAGAUCCCUCCAAAACCACAACCCGGCUCCCCUCCUCUGGGAGAGAGGGGCAGCAACAUUAGACGCUCUGGAGGGAAGGUCAAGAGGAUUGUGAACAAGUUCAGCAAACAGGAGUCCAAUGAAAAGGCGGAACCAGCCGCCAAUGGUACUGCAGAAAUCAAGCCAGGUAAACGGCCAAAGAGGGCGCCUACGACAAAGCCCAAACCCCGAGUGAAUCUUCAUCUUCAGAAAGAGGCAGGGCAGGCGCCGCCACUACCAGUAAAGAAGAGCCGCCUCCUGAGGAAACAGAAGCCCCUUGUGGGAGGAGAGGAGGGAGACGGCAGCAGUGUGGAAGGAGGCCGAUCAGAGCCUGAUGGAAAGGAGGUGGAAGCUGAGCUCACUGGACGAGAUGAAGUGGAGGUGGAGCACAGUCAAGACAGCCCUGCCAGUCCCUGCUGCGCCCCGAGCUGCAGCUGCAUCUGCCACCUCCAGCGGCCUGGCAUGAAACUAAUAUGGGUUGCUGUGAACGUGGAAGAUGUUGGGCAGGAGGAUGGAGGUGGAGAGGACGAUGACUCUGAUGGGGUGGAGCAGAGGGCGGAGGAUGAGGUGGAGUGGGAAGUUGGUGAAGCAGAGUGUGGAGAUGAAGUGGACGGCGACGCAGGGGACACAGAGGAGACUUUUGCGAUUGAGGAAGUUGAGGUACCGAAACAAGAAAAAGCAAAGUUCCACGAGACGUUGAAUGCUGUGAUUGCGGACGGCCAAAGGAGGCGUUCGGACCCGGGUCCUCAUGCUGUUCUCACCUCGCUUGCUGUCACUCUCUCUGAGUCUCCCCCCAUUCCCCCAAAACGUACUCAAUCACCACAAAUCCACCAAGGAACUGUCCAAAAUGAGGACGAGAAUAUUUAUGAGGCCACGCUUCCAAUAAUUUGCCUCACUCCUGAAAAAAGAGUCGAGUGUAAGGAGCAGGAUAUUCCUGUGAUCAGAGUGCGCAAACCGGCCUGUCGGACCAGACAGACCAGCAGCCUGUCAGAUCCCACAUCCGAAUUUCUGAAUGGCGCAGAACCUAUAUCGAGCCCAGAAGACGGUCCGCCUCCUAUCCCGGAGAGGAAACCUUUUAGCAAGGACAGUCGCAGCCUCACGCCACUGGCCUGGGGCGGCGUUCCCCUGGUCCUGCCCGCAAUGGAUGAGGGUCGUUUCUUGCAGCCCUCGUCCCCCAGCGGCUCCACUGGCACCAGGCUGAGUCCCCAACGGGCUAACACUCCACCCCCACAACUCACCCCACCUCACAGACCCGCACCACCACCACCAAAGGCCAAACACAGGAGGCACAGCAGUGCGUCGGUGCAAUUCCUCACACUGAAAAAAGGAGAGGAGAAUGGAGAGAAUGAGGAUGAGAAAGAAGACAUAGGAGAAGAAAAGAGCAAUUCUCUCAGGAGGGGGUUUGGGCUCAGUUGGGAGUCCCGUCUGCUGGAUGAACCUCUCUACCAGACGUACCGAGCUUCUGUCAUCACAAAGGAGAUCCGCCGCCAGACAGUUUGCCGUAACAUCAGCAAAACUAGUGCGGACUAUGCCAUGGACCACCCCGGCCGCCGCUCUGGAGCUGGGACCGGAAACGGAACUGGCAGCGGAGGCCCGAGGGGCAGCCCUGUGCCCUCACCGAGUCAGAACACUCUGUGGCAGGAACUUCCAAAUGUGCGGGACAGUGGAGUGCUGGAAAAACUGAGCCCCGCGGAGUGCAAGUACCAGGAGAGUAUGUUUGAGGUCCUGACAUCAGAGGCCUCUUAUCUUCGAUCCCUUCGUGUGCUCACCGAACACUUCAUGGAGAGUCGGGAGCUGGAAGAGACAAUGAUCAUCAGAGACAGGAAGACCCUCUUCUCCAACAUCCUGAGGAUCCGCGAGGUCAGCGAGAGGUUCUUGAAAGAUUUGGAGGACCGCAUAUUUAAGGACCUGGUCUUCGCUGACAUUUGUGACAUUAUCCACUAUCACGCCCAGCACAACUUCCCUGCCUACAUCGACUACGUCCGCAACCAGAUCUACCAGGAGAAAAUCUUCUCUGAGCUUAUGAAGAACAACACUCAGUUCAAUGCAGUCAUCACUCGCCUCCAAGAGUCGCAUCAUUGCCAGCGACUGCCCUUUGUUUCCUUCUUAUUGCUGCCCUUCCAGCGAAUAACACGCAUCAAAAUGCUCAUUGAGAACAUCCUGAAGAGGACAAAAGAGGGGACGAAAGAGGAGCAGACAGCCUCAAAGGCUUUGACCUCUGUUUCCAAGAUCAUUGACGAGUGUAACACAGAGGUGGGGAAGAUGAAACAGAUGGAGGAGCUGAUUCAUAUCUCUAAAACACUGGAGUUUGAUAAACUCAAGGCCAUCCCGAUCAUCUCCCAGACUCGAUUUCUGGAGAAGAAGGGAGAGCUCCAGGAAAUGUCCAGAGGAGGAACUCUCUUCAACAUGAGGGCAAAGUUCAAUCCCGUCUACUUCUUCCUUUUCAACGACCUGCUCGUCAUCACUGCCAAGAAGGGCGCGGAGCGUUUUGUGGUGCUGGACCACGCUCAUCGCUCUCUGGUGCAAGUGCAGCCGGCAGAAGAAAGCGGGAGCAGCGGAGGCCCCUACGAGCACUGCUUCAGCCUCACGCUGCUGGAGAACCACCAGGGACGCAUGUUGGAGCGGCUCAUUAAAGCUCCUUCUCAGUCAGACAUGCACAGGUGGAUGGCAGCUUUCCCCAACCCCGCCAACCCAGACAGAGAUGAUACAGAAGUGAUUUAUGAGGACUGGGACUGUCCUCAGGUGCAGUGUGUGGAGCAGUACAUCGCCCAGCAAGCAGACGAACUUAACCUGGAGCCCACUGAGAUCAUCAACAUCAUCCGGAAAACCAAUGAGGGCUGGUAUGAAGGAACCCGCCUGUCAGAUGGUCAGAAGGGCUGGUUCCCCGUAAUGAACGUCAUAGAGAUCACCAACGAACACGUGAGGCGGCGAAACCUCCGGGAGCGCUACAGGGUCAUGCAGGCAGCGGCCUUUGUUGCAAACAGCAAGACCCGCACCCUUCAGUAGGGCCGAAGAUGUUUACAGUAAAUAACUUUUAAAAGGACACUUUUGAGACGAGAACGCAAAGAUUUGCAAAAGAUAUUCAAGGACUCUUGCCUGAGCUGCCAGUUUCUAGAAAACAGGAAAUGAAAGGUAAAAGCAGAAGGGUGACCACGAAACAGCGAACGUGCCUGCAGAGUGCGUGUGUGUGUCUGCGCCCAUUCCAGCAGCUCUCUGCAUGAAGUAUACAUGCCUGCUUGACAACAGAUUAUUUUUCCUUUACUAGAAGGCUCCACCUCUUCAUGUAAGCGUGCAGCUCCACAUCAACGCCUCCUCACAGGCUGCUGUGCCAAACUCGCAUGCCAAUCAUUCACGCCAUCACUCGAACAGUUGUAUAAAUGUCAGUCUGCUCAGACAGGAACCGGGAGUUGGCUGGAAGUAUCUUUUAGCUGUCACUACACAAAUUAUACCUUGUUUUUUCGUGCUAUGCGUCUCACUCAGGUGGCUGGAAGUCCGAAUACAAGGAGUCAAAAAAGAAAAACCCAAACGCAACUGAAAGACUCAGCAGUGUUGACGCUUUGAGAUAUCACGAAAACAAACCUGUGCAGAUAAAAUCAGGAAGUGCCUUUAAAUUAAAAACAGAAGUACACAAAACAGAAGUUCGGCUUUUAUGCUUUUAACACAUGAAAAUUGUGCUCGAACUUUAUGAUCUUUAUGCUUUUGACUGGCUUGUUUAGCUUGUCAGCAGCCACCAUGGAGUAGUGCUGUAGCUCCCCCUGCAGGGCAUCAGAAGAUGGGCUCUUACUCGUGGAAACACUGCAAAUGUACAAUAUGUUGUAAAUUAUGAGAAUGGGAUUCUCCUUUGGGACAUCUUUUAAUAAAACCUUUGUCUUUUUAGCUGGCUGUUUGUUUCUCAGUAAC